AUGGCGGUCGCCUCCAAGAUGUCAGAGGGAGGCAACGAACCCCAGGAAGACCCCAUCAGUGAGGAACUUUACCAGCUUGAGAGAGAACGCCAGCAGGCGGAGCGUGACCACGACAUCAGGGAUAUUCGUUCCAAUCGCACUCGGCGCCAGGAAGAGGACGCCCCUUGGCUGAGAAUUUCCGUCGACGAACGCCCCAACCCUUAUUUCAGCGAGCAGAGCUCUGAUUUCGACCUGUACUCAGACAGGGAACCGAACGGUUCUGCCAGGGAACGGAUCCCACCUCCCCCGACUGGCCCCCCUCCGCCAUAUCCUUACGACGAGGAAGUUGAGCGUAGCAGAGGUCUCUCCCGUGGUUCGAACUCGAACGGAGAAACUCGCUCCAGGCGCUUUUGGAAUCGUCUUCGUCGACCUGAGCGCAGGGCUCCACCUGUGCAAGACAGCGUCCCACGUCAGAUCCCACGUCAGACUGGGCAGCAGGCUCCUACCGCGAGUGACGCCCGUGACCCUCCGCCAUACUCCCGUUUUGAGCCCUCUGAACAGAAUCACGGAGACGACGAUAGUGACUUCGAGGAAGUCGUUGCAGUUGUGAGAGCACUCGGCCGCGGCCACGAUCGUGCCUUCGACGAAUUCUGUCAACUUAUGAACGCUGGAAGAGCUGCAUUGCGCCAAGAGAGCGAUCAGCCAGCACCAGCGCAGGACCUUGCAGAUAACGACAACGACGGUGACAUCAGUCAGUUUCAGUUUGUGAGCACUGAACGGCGCCAGGAGAGCAAUCAGCCAGCGGCAGCGCAGAAUUCUGCAGAUGACGACAUCUACAGUGACUUCAGCCAGUACUUUCAGCUUGUGGGCUUUGAACAGUAUCGAGAGGGCAACCAGCCAGUUGCAGCGCAGAAUCCUGCAGGCAACGACGACGACGGUGACUUUAGCCAGUACUUUCAAUUUGUGAGCAUUGAUCGGCGCCCGGAGAGCAAUCAGCCAGCGGCAGCGCAGAAUCUUGCAGACAACGACAUCUACAGUGACUUCAGCCAGUACUUUCAGCUUGUGGGCUCUGAACAGCAUCUAGAGAGCGAUCACAAUCAGCCAGGUGAAAGUGCAAUAGAGGAUCUCCAAGGAGACCCCGAGCUCCCCCCAUACUCUCCAAACGAAGAAUACACCGGACAGCUGGAAGUCGACCCGUGGGAUGGACAAGACCCAUGGGAUUUCUAUCUAGCUGCUAUUGAGGCUGGACAAAAUCCGCCGGAGGGCCAGCCAAGAACAUUCCCUGACCUGCUCGAAGUGCACGACGAGUGGCUCCGCACUAUUGAGCGCAAUCGUGCCCCGGUAAACAGAGCCGCGCCCUGA